AUGAGAAUCCAAAGCGCUUCUGUGCUAACCUGGUUGGCGCUGUUCUCGAGCACGUCUCAUACAGCUGCCUUUACUCCAUUGUCGCGAUCAGCUCGUAUUUCUCCCUCUGUCCUGGCUGCAUCUACCGCCGAAGACUUGGCUUUGGAGGUUGGCUCUUCACCCGACGAUGAUGGCGACCGUGUUCCCACUCAUACUCUUACGGCAGAAAUUGUGAACAAACUCAAAUGGCGCGAGCUCCAAUAUGAGCUGCAGGCACGAGAGCUGGACACGGCUGGAACUACCGCCAUGCUGCGAGAUCGUCUUCGAGAAUCGGCGGAUCUGAUUCCCACCAUGCAACCAGUGAUGGCACAAGAGCCUGAUGAUUGUCCGGUUGAUCUUUUGGGUGUGGACUUUAUCGAUGCCAGUGACCCCUUUACAGAACUUCUCAAUGAGGUCAUGACAGAAGCCAAUCGAGGAUAUUGGAAAAAGGCCAUUCGGCGCUUGAGAAAGUUGAGCCGAUACUACGGUGAGACUCACUGCAUUCCUAGUGAUGUAUACGUGACGACACUCAGUGCUUGUGCACAAGACCGUCUCAAUGGAGCUCGUGCCAGUGAAUCGGCACGCAAAAUCAUGGAAGAAAUGGUCAAAUUGGACUAUCAAAUCCCUACCGAUCAACUCAAUUAUUGUGUCCGAGCGGCGUUGGGAUAUGGACCCAAUGGGACUCACGAGGGAUUUGGAGGAAUUGAUACGGCUUUGGCUAUGCUGGCCGCUAUCGGGCAACAGGAAGCUGCCAUGGGAGAGCCACUCGUGUCAGUGGAAACAUAUGGUAGAAUCAUUGAAGCCCUGGCACGAGAAGGUGGAGCCAGUGUCAGCGAUGCCAUGACACUGCUGCGGUCGGUUGUCGUUGACAAGCGGGAGAUGCCACCUCUGUCGGCCUUUGCAGCUGUGGCGUUUGCCGAAGCUGGUGCGACUACAGCCGAUGUCAAAAAAGCUCACGAUGAGGAUGUGACGAUUGGGCCUGAGAAUGUUUUCAACGUCAUUGCCUACGUCAAGGCGGCUGGAUAUGAAUUGGAUACCAUUGCAUCCACCGAGGAUGGAAGACGAAUUCUUGCUGCUGGUGUCAUCGCCGCCCAGAAAAUGAACAAUGUGAGAUUGGGUCUACGAUUGCUCAAGGCCGCCAGUCAAGCCAGUGGCUGCGCACCGGAUCGAGGUGAUGUCCUGGUGGCCGCAAGUGGCCGAGCGGCGCAACGGGCUAGUACCUUAUUGCACAAGCGAGCGAUCAAUACUGCCGUCGAAGAAGGACAGUGGCAAUUGUCCGUCAAGCUGUUGCAAAUGAUGAUGGAGAGAGAACUCAAGCCGUCUCCUUUGGUUUGGAGAAAUGUGGUUACUUGUUGUGCAAAGAAUGAGAAGUCACGCAAGGCCACGGCUGUUUUGUUGGACUGGGUUAAGCUGUACGAGGACAAGAAAGCUGAAAAGCCUCCUCUCAACGUCUUUAACACUUGUGUCAACGCCUGUGAAGUUUGUGGAGAACAGGAACUCACCAUCCCUGUUCUGGAAGCAAUGAGGAGGACUCACGACACGGACGGAAACAUCAUUACCUUCAACAUUGCGUUGAAGCGAUUGGCUCGAUUGGGUAACCACUGGGCUCCCGAGGGUAUCAUUAUUGGGAUGCUCCAGAACAAUAUUGAGCCAACUGUUGUCUCCUACACCACUGCUAUUGCCGCCUGUGCUGCGGCAGACCCUAAACAACCCCAGGUGGCCAACGAGUGGAUGCAAAGAAUGCGAUCUCGCAAUGUCAACCCCAACGUGAUUACCUACAACACUGCCCUGGCGGCUUGCUUGGAUGGCCAGUUUGCCAGUACACAGCUUGCCAGUAAGAUUGCCACCGAAAUGCUUGCCGAUGUGGACAAGCAGUUGCUCACUGCAACGACCAACAGCGGCGAGCGACCGGACGAGUACACCAAUGUUGUUCCCGAUUUCUCUACCAAAGCGAUUGCCCGUCAAUUGAUGAAACAGCUGAAGCAGAACUGGGUGGACGGUGACAUCGAAAAGCAGUUGGCAAAGACAACACUCCGAGUGCCUCUCCUUCAACUGGUGGAAUUUUCGAAAUCAAAGGCCGCAAAGGAAGCUGCCGAGCAGGCUGCUGCAUUUGCCGAGGCCAACAAGCUCGAAGAGGAUCAGUUGGAUACGACAAGUCAAACAGAAGUCGCGCUGGAAUACAGCGAUGCCUCCAAAGCACACCGAACCGCCGAGGUGUAG